AUGCUCCCUAUAGAACCUCUGAAGGAGGUGAUCUGGUCGUCUGAGGACGAUGCGCUCGGGGAACUGCCGAUCAUCCUGGUCGCCAAAACCAAGUGUGACGUUCUUGUUACUCCCGAACGUGUAGACUUCGUCGCCAUUGAGCAGUACAGGCGGGGUUAUCAGCCGCUUGCGCAUUUCAUCGUCGACAUCGCCGCUGUCUCCGUGCGCCAUCUCAUCAUCGGAGUCCAUGUCGUUAAGCGGCGACUCGUCUGGUCUCAGCGUCCGAUCCUUGAUGGUCAUUGCAAACAAAUCCAGGGGACCAUAACCCUCCUUGUCUUUGAUCUUCACUAG